AUGUCGGACCUGCGCCGUGACGACGAUGACCCCCGGGGGGGCUCCCGUUCCCGUUCACCUGCCCGCGGUGGCGGCGGCGGCGCCCCCGGCGGCAAGGCCCCGGGCAUCCCAUGCCGGUGGAACGAGCGCGGUUUUGGUUUCAUCAAGCCGGAGGAGGGGGGGGAGGACCUUUUUUGCCACUUUUUGUCCAUGGAAGACGGCAAGGCUCUCGGGGGGGGCUCCAAAGUGGAGUUUGUCUUCGACGACCGCAAGGGCAAGGACCGCGCCGAGCAAGUGACGGGCGGCGUCGACGAGGCACCCGGCGGCGGCGGCUUCGGCGGCGGCGGCUUUGGUGGCGGCGGCUCCUCGGCGCCUGCUGACGACUUCUACUGGGCGAGGUGA